AUGGAUUGCUUUUAUGUAUUACUUCCUGUUUCAUCUCCAUCUAACUUAUAUACUACGCAAGACAAAUUCUUUUCUCUCAAAAUGAAUGCAAAAUCGAUUCUCGGCUACACUAUCGGUGUACUACUGACGUAUGCGGCUGCCAAUGAGACGCGUACUACGACUGUGACGAGAUAUCUUCCGCUUGAGCAGCAUCCUUGCGCGGCAUUUUACAUCGUCGAAGCGGGCCAAGUGCCUCUGGUAGGGGCGUGUGACCCUGGAGCAUGCUGUCUGGGUGUGGUUGAGGGGAAUGAUACUGUUGUCGAGGUCUCUGCGUCGUCGGGGGCUGUGAAGCCGCCAAAGACGGUUCCCUGGUCUAAAGUCGGAACAAGUAUGACGGAGAGUCAGGUGUCUGGUACGAGCGUGUCGGGAUCGUCGGACAGCGGGGUGUAUACUACGAGUAAAUGCACAACGACAUCGCUUGAGCCGUCUACUUCAGCCUGGACAACGACAAGCGCUCGCCCGUCCAGUUCGGUUUUGGUUUCAUCAAAGUCGGCGUCCAAAAGUAAGGCCGCGUCCACGUCAAGAGCCACCACUACUAGAGCUACUUCGUCUACCGUUGUGUCUUCAUCAUCAUCCUCGUCCAAGCCAUCUACGACAAGCUCCACCUCACGGUCCGCUGCUAUUAUCAGCCCUGCUUCUAGCUCUGCUGCUUCUAGCUCUGCUGCUUCUAGCUCUGCUGCUUCUAGUUCAGCGUCUAGCUCUGCUUCCACGUCUCCCUCCAGCUCUACUUCUCCUACGUCCUCAACUUCCCCAACCUCGCCAACUUCUUCUACCAUCUCCUCAACUUCAUCAACUUCUUCUACCAUUCCUUCUACUUCCUCUGCCAUCUCCUCUACUCUGCCUAGUUCCACUAUCUCAUCAACUUCACCAACCUCCUCAACGAUCCCCUCUACCAGCUCGACUCCGACUACGUCGAGUAGCAGCACAUCUACUUCGUCCACCAUCCCCUCGACUUCCUCAACUUCGACGUCGACUACAACUCCAUCCAGCAGCAGCACAUCUACCAUUGCCCCAUCCUCCACAGUCACCUACAAGGAAUGCCCUACUCCAACCUGCCAAUUGGGUGUUGAGAGAGCAAAAUAUUUCAACCCGUUUCGAAGUGAUCUCUCCAGCACGUACGAAUCUUUCGACCCCGAAUACUUUAAACAUACGGCACCAGUGGAAACAGAGGUCACAAACAAGCCCAUUUUUAUAUCUACUCUUCGAGGCAAUGUCGAAUACGAAGACGCCGCCGUAGGCUAUCGCACAUUCCUCUUUGCUUGUCAAAACGGCACGUACCGCCUGAGCUCGCCAUACUCGGACGACAUUACCAUCAUGUGGUUUGGUGAGAGGGCUUACCAAGGGUGGACUAGGGACAAUGCGGAUAUUAUCCAGUUUUACUACGGGAAUAAUGAUCCUGCCAAUGUCUAUGUGGACAUUGAGGCGGGAACCUAUUAUCCCAUUCGAGUGCUCUGGGGCAAUACAGGCGGAGCAGCAGAUUUAGAGCUGCGCAUAUUUGCUCCGGAUGGACAGGAAAUGAGUGGUGGGAAUUUGGUCAAUGGAAGUUACCUGACGACUACGGCGUGUGACGGAUCCUAUGGUGACUGGGCUCCCUGGGGAGAUGAGGUAUAG